AUGACCCCGGACUCGCCGCCCACGGCCGAACCCCAGCAACGACAACAACAACACCAACCCUCGUCAUCACCAGCCGUCCCGCCAACAACCUCUCCCUCCUCAACCUUGGAAAAGCCUUCCCAGACCACCACCAACAAUGGCCACCUCCCUCUGCACACCGCCGACGUACCCCUCGCAAGGAAACCCACGCCGACCGAAAAGAUCAAGCGGACCCUGGCGGUGCGCCCGACGGGCGAGUCUGGCCGUUCGGGCAUCCACCCGCUGAUCUUUCUGCGCAACGUUUUCCGCUCCGCCUCGUGGGCCUCGCGUAUCGUCAAUGUGCUCUGGCCCGUCGUGCCAGCCGCCAUUGCGGUGCGGUACGCCAUGCCAAACAACCACCUCGUCAUCUUCAUCCUGAGUUACUUGGCCAUGGUACCGUGCGCGAACCUGAUUGGGUUUGCCGGGCAAGAGCUGAGCCGCAAGUUUCCACAUGUCAUGGGGGUUAUUAUUGAGACCACGCUUGGGAGCCUGGUCGAGAUCAUCAUGUUCGUUGUCUUGAUCACGCGGCCUGAGGACGGGGUGGUCGACUACAUCCAGGUGAUCAAGGCGGCAAUUCUGGGUUCGGUGCUGGCCACCAUGCUGCUGUGUCUCGGCCUGUGCUUCGUCGCGGCAGGCCUGAAGCGGGAGGAGACGCACUUCUCUGAGGCUGUGAGCGAGGCCGGGAGCGGGCUGCUCUUGACGGCCGGUUUCGGCCUCGCCGUCCCCACGGUCUUCGAGCACUCUCUGAGCGGCAAGAUCCCAGACAGCGAGCUCAUGAUUAAAACGAUUGAGAUCUCGCGCAGCUCGGCCGUUCUGUUAAUGGUCGCCUACCUAAUAUACGUCUUCUUCCAAGCUCGUACCCAUCACGGCAUCUACAACGACGUCUUCGUCGCCGACGAGGCACGCGACGCCGAUAAGCACCUGGAGAAGAUGCACUACCGCCUGACUUUCACCGAGUGCUGUCUCGCCCUGUCCAUCUCCAUCGCCCUUGUCACCCUCAUCGCGAUUGCACUGGUCGACCAGAUCCACUACCUUGUCGAGGAGCGACACGUCUCGGAUGCCUUUGUCGGUCUCAUCCUCGUGCCGCUUGUCGAGAAAGCGGCCGAGCACCUGACGGCUGUCGACGAGGCGUACGACAACCAGAUGAAUUUUGCCUUAUCGCACGUGCUGGGCGCCACGCUGCAGACGGCCCUCUUUAACGCCCCGCUCGUCGUCAUCGUCGGCUGGGGGCUCGACAAGCCCAUGGGCCUUAACUUUGAGGUGUUUGAUUUGGUGGUUCUGCUGCUGGCCAUCCUCACCGUAGGUAAUUUUCUGAGGGACCAGAAGAGCAACUACCUCGAGGGCGCGCUGUGCGUAUUGGUGUACGUUGCCAUCGCCGUCGCGGCGCUGUACUACCCGAAUCCACAUAUUAUCGCGGCAGCUGAGGCGGGCGAGGGAAGUGUUGGGCAUCGUUAG